UGGGUAUUGUAGAUUCAAGUUUAUUCAAUACAUGACCAUGGCCUAAGAAAGAUAUGACUGCCACAACAAUUAGAGUACAAUAGUUUCACCUAGGCAUGGGAAAAGAACUCUUUAAGCAUAUGAGGAAAAGAGAAUAUCCUUGUGUUUGCUGUAAGAAACGAACAAACCAGAGAGAUCGACGUACUGUGACAGCUGCACAACGACUAGUUCUCCAGAAGUGGACUGUAGGCGAUGUGUCUGAGGAUGAGGUGUUGUGUAGUUUGUGUCGAGUGAAGGUACAUUCUCAUCUUAAGCGGAGGAAAAGUGGACAACAAAACUUGGAGCAUGAGUUAAGAGACACAGCUCCCUUCUCUCCUCCAGAGAGGAAGCAAAUUAAUGCUAGGAAUGCUGCCAUUCACAGUCCUCCAUCAGUAACCCUGACAGUGCCCUCCACAUCUUCCAGUCAUUCCAGCUGCUUCAUCUGCAGAAAACCUGGGCCAAAGUUGGUUGUGGUGUCAUCAAAUGAACGUCACUCUGUUUUUUUACAACAAGGAGUAUUGAUUCCGCCAGGUUCAAGAUGCUGCACACGUCAUCUUCCCAAUGGAAGAUUCACUGAAGAGGCACUAGAAAAAAUUUCUUCAUUUUCAGAAACAUCUACACUUAACAGGACAUCUAUUGUUGAUAUGCUUAUGUAUCUAAGGGAGAUUGCUCUGCUAAAUGGAGGGAAAAGAAUAGACUUUGAUGAUCCAAAUGCAUUGAGUGACCAAGAGUAUGUCAACCUCACUGGAAUAAAUAAAGUCUCCUUUGAUGAUCUGCUAUCAGCUGUAGAUGGAAAGGUAAAGAACACAUCCACUCGCAGUGUUAGAACCAGCCUUGGAAUUUUUCUUCUUAAGAUGAGAUGUGGUCUGUCCAAUGAAAUGCUGUCAACACUAUUAAAUGUUUCAAAGUCAAGCAUUCGUCGCGCAAUCUCGGUAGUGAGGAGAACACUGAUGGAGACAUUUGUACCAAACAAUGUUGGGUUUCAGCACAUCUCCAGAGAGGAUGUUAUAAAUAAGCAUACCAGGCCAUUAGCAGAGUCUCUUUUUGGUGGUACUGGCACCCAAGCCAUUCUUGUUUUAGACGGCACAUACAUUUAUAUACAAAAAAGUAUGAACUUUGCCUUUCAAAGGAAAUCAUAUAGCAUGCAUAAGGGUCGUCCAUUGGUGAAGCCAAUGAUUGUUGUAACAACUAGUGGCUAUUACCUCUCUGUUCUUGGACCAUAUGUAGCGAAGAACAAUGAUGCUGCAAUCUUGAGCCACAUCAUGAAGACUAACAAAGAAGAUGUGUUGAAGUGGAUCGAAGAGAGAGAUGUGUUUGUUGUAGACAGAGGCUUUCGGGAUUCCUUGACACUACUUGAAGACCUUGGAUUAGUAUCUGCCAUGCCUGCAUUUAUGAAGAAAGGUGAAAAGCAAAUGUCAACAGCAGAUGCAAAUACAAGCCGUUUAGUGACCAAGGUAAGGUAUGCUAUAUACAGCAUUAUUCUAAUUUAAUAAGAAAGAAUCAGGAGAGAGAGAGAGAG